UGUCACUGGUUCGAAUCCCCGAACCGGCAAGUUGGAAAAAUCUGCCGUUCUUCCCAUGAGCAAGGCAGUUAACCGCCAACAAUAAGUGCUCCCCGGGAGCCAAUAACUUGGAUAUCGAUUAAAGCAGCCCCCGCAUCUCUAUAAUUCAGAGGGGUUGGGUUAAAUGUGGAAGACCCAUUUCUGUUGAAGGCAUUCCGUUGUGCAACAGACUAGGUAUCCCCCCUUUCCACUCUCACUCAGUUUCAAAAUGUUUCUCCCUUACUGAACAAGACCCAGCUCUGAGUGCUAAUCAGUGUUUAAGGCACUGUUCGUUGAGGUGACGAAAGAGUUAAGAUGCAAGAACCGCGUGAGUGGAGCGGAUGCUCGAGCCGUCUCUAAACAUGUGCCGCUGUCCUGGCUAGUGGCUACUACUGCAGUCGGUGAAGGAUCGGACAGUGGGGGGACCGGGAACGGUGCGCCGGUAGCAGGACGAUGAGACUUCGCAUGGACUGUUGGUCCAUAUAUCACAUAAAUUAUUGGCUGUGCUGCAUCCGGUGGGACCACCGCAGCGACAAUAUUACGACCUGUAUUUCUCGUCCACGGGAUAAAAGAGAGAUGGUCAUAAUGGUGUAAUUGAACAGGGGACCUCUCACACACCAAAACAACCAUUAGAGCAAGAGAAAAUCCUUCAGGUCUCAAAGUGACAUUUGGGCAUAAAACUCUCAGGCACGACUACCUCAUCACGAAGGCGUGGCGAUUCCAAAUAACCCCUACUACAAUGGCAACCACAGCCCCUACGCCGGUGCCUCUGACUGUCCUGUGUCGCUGGUACCUGUACGCCAUCCACGGCUACUUCUGUGAGGUCAUGUUCACCGCCGCCUGGGAGUUUGUGGUCAACCGCGACUGGAAGUUCCCUGGUGUUACCAGUGUGUGGGCUCUGUUCAUCUACGGGACCUGCAUCCUCAUUGUGGAGCACAUGUACCUGGCCCUCCGAGCUCUCCAAUGCCCCCUGCUGCUGCGAUGCCUCAUCUAUACCCUAUGGACGUACAUCUGGGAGUUCAGUACAGGGCUGUUGUUGACCCAGUUCGGGGCAUGUCCCUGGGAUUAUUCCCAUUUUCAGUAUAACUUCAUGGGGUUGAUCACGGCAGAGUACGCACUGCCAUGGUUCUGUGCGUCGUUCAUGACGGAGCAACUGGUUAUACGUAACACACUGCGGCUAAGGAUGGACACAGACGGAACAGAGGACGUCAAGUCUGAUGCAGGCGGGGGAGAAGAUGGGGGAGGAGGGGGGAGGAGACAACGGGUUGAACAAGGAGGUACAGAGGUCAAUGGUUUCCUGAAAGUGGACUGAGGACUGAGCAAAGAACACUGAGGUCCGGUUUUAAAGACACUGAUAACCCUAAUAGUGGACGAAAUAGCCUUCUCAAGGGAUAAUCUCUAUUGAAAGUGCUUUUUAGUCCAGGACUAGGCUUAAUCUGGGUCCAGAAAACGGUCCCUGAACCGUAACUCUUCCUUCUGUGAAAUGUACAUAGAAUUUUUAUUUAACAACAUUCAAAGUACUGUAGUUAUGUAGCUUCAGGUUGCAAUCUGAAGUAAGUUCUGUAUUGACUAUCAAAUUUGACUGGGUCCUAAAGCAAUGCAAUAGCUUCAAUUCAUUGUCAUGUGGAGAAUGUUUUUCUAAAGUUAGUGAUAGAGUUCUGUAUGCACUGCAGUCUGUUUCAAAAAGCAAUUGAUUUAGGGUAGUCUACAACUCAGUUAGGUGUACUCUUAUAAUGUACUGUAUGUAUUGCACAUGCCCUAGCAUGCUAUAUGAAUGAUGUCUCAGGUACCUACAUUAACUGUGGGCUGUAUCUACUGUUCUUCCAAAUGAAAGAAAUCAGGAUUUCUAUGUUCAGAACCAGAACCUUGGCAAUGUCUAGAGUUACCCUCCUGUGGAUUUGCACUCUAACCCCACUUGUCAUUGUAUUUUACCUUUAUUUAACUAGGCAAGUCAGUUAAGAACAAAUUCUUAUUUACAAUGACGGCCUAGGAACAGUGGGUUAACUGCCUUGUUCAGGGACAGAAUGACAUAUUUUCACCUUGUCGGCCCGGGGAUUUGAUCUAGCAACCUUUCAGUUACUGGCCCAACACUAUAACCAUGAGGCUACCUGCUGAACUUGGUUCAGUUUAUCAACCAGCUAAUUAUUAGAAUCAGGUGCGGUAGACUAGGGUUGGGGUGAAAACUUACAGGAGAGUAGGAAUUGAUAAAAUACUGCAUCUGAACGCUUGAUCUGAAGUGUCAUAUGAAUACUGUAUUACCACAAAUCUUUCCCAACAUCCAAAUCCUGUAGUUGGUGCGAGAUUUGGUUCUGGGUUCCUUCAGAGAUUAUAUUGGCACCAACAACAACCAUAGGAUUUGACAAGACAGCACAAACAGAUGUGGGACCUUAGAGAUAGAAUUACAUUCUGUGUGUGGGACAACCAGGAUACCUCAAGCCACGCGGAUUCAAAAGCAGUAGAUCAACAAUGCAAAGUGAUGACGAUUAUAGUAUUUUUUCUUUUUUUCAAUCGCUUUGGUGCUAUUUCCACAAGUAUGUGGGGAAUUUUCAAAACUCUUCGUACAAAACUCCAAACUGUACUGCACUUGUGAAACUUUUUGUGCAUUCAUUUUGUUUGAAGACAUCUUUCACCACACAACCAUUGAUCCAAAGAUCCCAGUUUACUGUGAAAUACCAUGAGAACAUUGAUUUAAUCACCAAAACACAACAAUUUAGUUAUUUUAACAACCAGUUAAUCAAUAGUAAAAAAAUGCAAAAACUACAUGUUUAAAAAUUGCCCUUUGAAUGUAACAUGCUACUGUACUAUAAAUUACAGUACAUUACACUGUUUUCACAUUACACUUGCACUACCCAUUCAAAUGUACUGAACCUCAAAUGUCCAUCAUUUCUAUACCAUGUGUGAUCAAAGGUGUAAAAAUGGAAGACAUCUUUCAUCUUUCACAAUCACUGAUGCAGAAAUGUAAUGUAUUGUUCAAAUAUCAUUACAGCAUACUGUAGGUGUAUUGUAACCAAUUAAAAGGAAUAUAAAAAUAAAAAAACAAUGUUUAACAGGCAUUAGUUUGCAUCAAAGGUUGUCUUGAGAAUUUGGCCAUAGGCUCAUAUCGACAUGGCAGUAAAUGUCCUCAUUGUUCAUGCUCGUGGAGAAAAACAUUUUGGCAUGGUGAAUCCAAGCCUUAGUUCUGGACUUGAUGUCACUGCAUGCCUCAUCCAUGGCCUGAAUGAGGGUGGUACGCUCAUGGGGAUUGCAAUCAUCGCUCAUGGGGAUUGCAAUCAUCGCUCAUGGGGAUUGCAAUCUUCUACCUGUAUUGUAAUCAUGUAUUGUAUUUUACAGUAUUGAAUUGUAAUUAAAUGUAUUAUAAUGGUCCUGUACAUGGCUCAGUUCAUAAGAGCACGGCACAAGCAACAUCAGAGUUGUGGGUUCAAUUCCCAUUGGGGUCACAGAUGAAAAUCUUCAGACUCACAGUUGUCACUGGAUAAAAACACAUGCUAUGUAAAUGGAAUAUAUUACAGUUACAAUGCAAUUUUAUUUAAGCGGUGUGACCUCCCCCCCCCAUCAAAAAGACCCCAGCAACUUCAUUCUGGACACAUAUUUACUGUAUAGGGGAUGCAGUUAUCACAUCUCUGAUCUUGUUAAUAUCAGAUUUUUUCAAACUUACUGUGAAGUCAAAUCCUAGUCAUCAUUAUUGUGCGUUAUACUCUACGGUAUAUCAUACUUUAUGUGUUUCUAGUUUACAGACAUACAUUUUCAUUAUGUACAAAAUCUGUGGUAGACAAAACACUUUAUAGGUUUGACAAACUGUUCAGUGAUGAGCAAUUAAGAGCAGUCGGAUUCAGUAAUAGUAUAAUGUAUUUUAACGAAUGAGACAAGCAUGAUAUAAAAAGUCAUGUGAGCAUUGCAUUGUGAAACAAAUUACCCGUAUAUGAGCAUGUCUUGCAAUGCGUAAAUAUGUAUUUCUAGAUGAAACACAGAUUGUUUGGUGAAAAAGUGAUUGUAUCAUUCUGUGUGUUGUACUUAGGCAAUUCAAAAUGAAACAACUGUCUUUUUGAUGAUCUGUUUUGGGUUUUGUUCAACAGUUGUGAAAAUUGCACCAAAGGUAUUUAAUUUUUUUAAUUUAAAAAUGUAUUCAAACAUGUAGGCCCUAACUGGUUAUUUGAGUCUAAUGUACAACUACCGCUAUAUGUCAGUAGGCCUAGAACAUUGGGUGCUGCUAAUGUCUUUAUACAAGAAAUCCAUUGCUUUGAUGAUACAAUUAUAGUAAUGAGAGCCACACAAAUUAAAUAUGCAAUGGAAAGUGUGUGUGUGUGUGUCUGCAUGUUUAGUGAUGGUGGGGGAGAGGCUGAUCUCUCACCACAUAAACCUAAGACUUAGUGUAACAAAGUUAUUGUCAGGUGUACUUAUUUCCAAACUUUAGUUUUCUUGGUUCAAAAAAAAAAAAAAAAAAUAUUA